GGCCGAGUUACAGUGAGCAAACGACGCGUACCGAAGAACGCGGGGUCUUCUCCGGCUUGGAUUGAAACAGCGUUCGCGUCUACGGGCGCGGUUUUGCGUCUCGAGCUGGCGUUUUACACGGUAAAAUGUCCUCCCUCGACUAUCUGGACCUGUGUCGAUUAUGUCUCGUGAAGGAUCGUGUUUCGGUACCAAUUUUCGAAGGUGAGGGAGACGUACGGCAAAUAUUUCUCAAGAUCGCCGCCUGUCUACCGGUCAAGCUUACAAGAGAAGAUAAGUUACCCAAAAAAAUAUGCGAUGAUUGUGUGUAUAAAGUAGAAUUAUUUUAUCAAUUUUGGAAUACUACUGCGAACGCAGAGAAACAACUAUUACAAUGGCUGGGAGAAGUCAGCUUAGAAGACAAACAGGGUUAUGUUACCAAUGUUCUCAAUACGAGUGUAAUGAAACAAGAACAGAAUUCAGAGAACAGGUUAGAUGGCAAUGUGAUGCAGCAAGUGGGAGAGCAUCAAAACAAUAUGGGGAUGGCUAUAAUGGACAACAUGGGUUUGGGUAUACCCAUGAUGAUAUCAAAUGCUAAUCAACAACAAAUCACCUCAGUUCCUAUGGACACAAACAGUAAUACUGUACAAACCGUUCAGGCAGUACCUGGUCCAAGUUCACAAACCACACAUAACCAAAUACCGCAGAAUCAAACAAGCACUACGCAGCAAGAAGAUGAAGAGGAAAGUAGUGAAGAUGAUGAAAACUCUGACGAAGAUUGCGACGGAGAUGAAGGUCUACCUGUAAAAGAAGAAAGUGAAGAGGAUCCCAGCAAUAGAACCAUAGAGCCUACAACCUUUGUAAAUGUUUCCUUGGCAUGCGACGAAGCAGGUCCUUCUGGGUUACAACAACAAAAAAUCACAGAUAUGCCAGAGAUGCCAAUUCCACAACCAACUGAUGGGGAUCCCAAAUCUGGGUACAAUGCGCUAGAUCCACUCGCCCCAACUUUUCUGAUAGUAAAACUAGAAGAUAAUUACUUUCGGAUACCGACGUCGCUGAGUGUGUUCAUGAUGAAGGAACCGCCACCGGGUUCCACCGAAGAAAAGAAGGCUCAACCAGCAAAAGAAGAUGACGUUCAUUCAACAAAGACAAAUCAGACAGAAGAAAAAAUAAAGGACGAUUCAAGUAGCAACGAUUCCUUCGAAGAUCUCGACGACGCCCCCUUGGACUUCCGAAAGAGAGAACAGGAGCAAGAACAGGAGAAAAAUAAAUCUGUGAAACCAAUACUCUCUAAAAAGAAAGUACACACGUGCGAGAUAUGUUACGCGACUUUCGAUCGUAAAAGCAAACAUACACGGCACAUGUUCAAGCACAGUAACUCGAGACCUCAUAAGUGUCCUAUUUGCGCGAAAGGAUUCAAAACCACAGCUCAUCUAAGCAGGCACAUGGAGGUUCACGAUGAACCGGUAAACCUACAUGCAUGUAGUCUGUGCGACUUCAAAGCUCGCACCAAGCCUUAUCUAAAGAUUCAUUAUAUUAGAAAGCACACAGAAGACUACAACUAUAAAUGUGAACAAUGUGGAAAGAUGUUCAAGGUACAAUCAGAUUAUACGACACAUGUGAAAGAUCAUGAUACGGAGUCUUGCGUGUGCGAUAUCUGUGGCUCGUCUUAUCCCAGCAAAAGCUCGCUGUACUUCCAUAAGCAUUACAAACACAAGACGAAGGUGAAGAAGUUCCCCUGUCAGACAUGUAAGAAAAAGUUCAAGACGCAGAAGAAUUUAGAUAACCAUAUGGAGCUGCACAAGAUCAAAUACGUUUGUGAACAAUGCGGGAUGGAAUUUAAGACGAAAUAUGGCCUCACCAAGCAUCUGAGGACUCAUUCCGGGGAGAAGUCUUAUUUGUGCGCGAUUUGUGGGAAAACUUUUGGAUGUCUCAGCUCACAGAAGAUUCAUCUAUUGACGCACGUUGGCGAAAGGCCUUACGUAUGCGACAUUUGUGGUCAGAGUUUCACCCAGAGGUCACCCAUGAUGUUGCAUCGCAGAAAGCACCCUGGGGUGCACCCACCACCUCCUCCCAUUAAAAUAACAAACCUGCUACAUGGUGUACAAGACAAAAUAAUCGUGAACAAGAGUAGCAAGUAAUUGCAAGACGAACAGACAACGUGUGACGAGACACUUUUGUAUAUUUCCAUUUUAUAUGUAACGUUAGGACGUGAAAAGCGUGUGAUCGAGGGCAUCGAUUUCUCGAAUAUUUGUUGAUUAAUUGAUUUGGGGACUGUUACGGUGAAGCUUCCUUUGAUGCAUUCUGUGAAGUAAUUAAGUGUUUCAUUGAGUCGCUGAAUUUCUGUAAGUUUCGAAUUUCAAGUACGCGAUCGAUACGGCUGCACUAUACUCACCAGGCUACGUAAUACGUAAGUCUUUUACUUGUUUUGAAAAAAUGAGUUUUGGUUGAAUGUGAUAAAUACUUGCAGUUAUUAUAUGAGGUAGUUAAGUUUAAAUUAUUCUUUUCCUACUAAUGUUUUAUUUAAAAUACCAUUUCUCUCUCCUAUAGUUAGUUUCUCUCCUGUUUUUCUUUAUCUUUCGUAAUACGGUCAUUGUAUUACAUUGUAAUUUGUAAUACUAAUAUUAAAUUGUUCCUAUCGAUGCAUUUUCAUUGAAUAAUAAAAAGCUGCAGGGGGAUAGUUAAUUGUUAAUUUUAAAGAUCUUGAAUGUUAAUUCAAGCGAAGUGAAACUCUAUGGAAUUUUUUGUAUCUAUAAAAGUUUGUUUCGUUGAAAAGAUAUUCAUUUCGCUUAGAAGAUACGUAUUAUAUAUUUAUGAAAAUGGACAUUUGCGUUGAUUAAUUAAAGAAGUUGUUUUUCAUAAAAAUUUCGAUCGCGAUGUUUGAUGCUGGUUGCCUUCGAUUCGUUUCAACAGGCUAAUGUAAGUACUCUGUACAGCGUAGAUAUACAUUUAAUGUAACAUAAGAAAUGAAAAUCAUUCUCUGAUAUAAAACUCUUUCUAGUUGGGUAUCGUAUUAAGAUUUAACAGAAAUUCAGAUUUUGUAAAUCGACAAAAUUUUACACGAAAAUGUCUUUUAUAUAUAUAUGAAUAUAACAGUAAUACAAGAAAUGUAAUAUAGAAACAGAUAUUCUUACGAGAGAAAUUUAUAUCUCAUGUAAAUUUGAAAAAAAAAAAAGGAAAAUAUAUAAGUAUAUAAGAUCAUGUAAAAUACCUUAGUUCUCAUGGACUGUAUUACUGAUAUACUGUACAGAAGAAUAAUUUUUUCAAUCAAAAAUAACCCUUUUUGUUAGUGUUUAACAUACUACUAAUCUAGUAUACUUCUUUUAGUGGAGAAGAAACACCAUAUUCGUACGCAACAAUGUACGGUCUUCUUCAUUCUUUUUUCCACAUUUAUAGAUGAUUAUUUUUGAUAUUCAAUACUCAUGUAUAAAAUAUUGAAUUUAAUAUUAUCGUAUAUGUGAAAUAAAAUUGAACCAACGUAAUUAAUUAUAAGAAGAAUCUUUUCAUGUGUAACAAACUUGGUUUAAUUUUUUAUUUAGUUUCCUUUCAGUAACAUACACGGAUAUAAUGUACAUAUUUGAAACAUUUUUCAGCAGCUACGUAAGGCGUCCCUCGGAAGAAGGAAACACAUGUAUUUAUUUCUAUCCUAACAAAUCUACUAGGAUAAUAAAUACAUUGUCGAUCAUAAGUAUCAGAAAUAUGUACCGACAUUUAACGCUAAUUGACUAUCUUUUAUCUCUUUUAUUUUCUAUCUAUUUCAUUAAUUCGUUACUCAUGUUACUUCAUUCGUAUCAUAUAUAUAUAUAUAUAUAUAUAUAUAUAUAUAUAUAUAUAUAUACAUAUGUGGUAUAAAAAACAAAAUUUUUUAGAGUUUUCCAGCGGAUAUAACGAAUAGUCCUGGUACAAAUGGUCAGCAACGUAAAUACUUUAUACGUCCUCCACGAAAUAAAUAUAUAGCAAAAUCGGGCCUCCAAUUAAUGCAACUUUGUUUUUCGCUUUUA